AUGGCGACUCGUGCUGAUUCUCGGGCUGUCAAGUCACUUAGCAACUCUGAGGGAAGGAAGAGAUUUGUGUUCAAGAAUUUCGACGAGAGAUUGACUGGCAUUGAAAGCAAGGUUCUCACAGUCUUUAGGAGCCUCCAUAAGGUGAAGGAUGAGCCUUCACAGGGUUCCACAUAUCUCAAGGAUUGCCUCGUGGAAUCGAGGGAACUGAAUACAGCAGCGGAUUUUAUUUUAUUUUAUGAAGAAAUGUUGCCCUUUGUUCAAACUCUGCCGUUGGUUGUCUUGCAUCAAGAUUUAAUCUUCUCUAAACUUAUCUCUGGUUUACAUAUGAAAGCUAGACUAUCCCUGGAAGCCUUUCUCUGGUUGAUUUCUGCUUUAUCCAGGGAUCUCUUGGACGAUUUUCUUCCGUUCCUUCCACGGCUUGUUAACUCCAUACUGACUCUCCUGAGAAAUGGUGGACAGAAAGAGCCAGAUAUUAUUGAGCAGAUAUUCCUAUCAUGGUCGUACAUAGUGAGGGAUCUGCAGAAGUAUCUCAUAUGCGACAUCGGAGGUAUUCUCAGGGAUACAUUGGAGCUGAGGUAUUACCCCGGCAAAUAUAUCAACAAAUUUAUGUCGCCUUCGAUAUCAUUUUUGUUGAGGACUGCACGGGAUGAGCAACUCGAAAUAGGGAUCAAGAGGAUCCUCUCUGAAGUUGCAGAUCCACUGAAAAAACGUGGAGGAGUUAGUCUACUAUAUCAUGUUAUGAGGGGUACCUCUGUGCAUCUCCAUUCCAAAGCUGGGCAGGUUUUGAGGUUCUUGCUGAAAGAUUCAACAUUGUCCUUUUGUGAUCAUUUUCCUCAGGGUGCUGAUAGUAUAGUAGAAGCAUUGAGUUCAACUUUGCAAAGUAUAUGCGAGGAUUUUAAAGCAGAAGAAUUACGUGUUAUGUGGAACUGCCUGGUUGAGAAAGGUCUCAAAGUUUAUGAUUACCCAUAUUUGGUGGGACUCGUGAGGCAGAUUGUGCCAACUUAUAAGGAUUCCUCUGCUGUUCUUGAUAAAGUUCUGAGACUAAUGUUAUGCACCAUUGACAGACCCAGUACUGCCAAUGAAAUGAAAUCCAUUGCUUCGCAAUGGGCCCCCAUUUUUUCCUUGAAUUGUUCCAGUUUGCUGAGUUUUUUGCCGGAGUUGCUAGCAAAGGAUAAAUUAAUUCUGAAAGCCUUUACAAGUAAUAUAUUAAGUUCGAUCAACAAUAUGAUUUUGGUGUCUCCUGAGGAUGUUAUUCCUCUGUUACUAUCACUGUGUGAGAGCGAGCAAAUAAGUCAUGACAGGGUGAACAUCAUAGAUGAGAGCAAAUUUGAGAGAAUUCAUGAGUUCUUGGAAGAGAAGGUUAAGAAAGUCCAAACGAAUAUAGAGAAUAUAGGAUUAGCUCAAAUUGAAGAGGCUGAGUUGGCUGCUGCUUGGGGAGCUGUUAAAUGUUUUCCCUAUUUUAAAGUUGAUUCAUCAUUGCUGAUUUGCUUUAAGAAUACUCUCAUACAGCAUUUGGCAGCCUCAGUUGAAGUAAACACUUUUAGUGCUCCGGAACUGAUGUGGCAGAGCUUAGUUGGUGCUGCUUUGAGGUCAUGUCACGAAUCCUGUUCUAGUGGAAGAAUUUACCAUUUGAGGUCUACUGGAAGACUCAUCCACAGUGAUCUAGAGGAAGCUUUGUCUCUUGCUAAAUCUUACAAGUCAUGUGUACAAGUGCUGUCUCCUGUGGCUGACUAUUUGGAUUUUGUGUAUAGGCCUCUAUUAGCUAAGAAUGAUAUCUCUGAGGCAUGUCCAGAGCUCCAAGCAAAUAAUGCUGAAGAUGCGUUUGACAUAUUUUCUGAAAAUUUAUGUCACUCGAAAAAAGACGUCCGUCUUAUGACUUUAAGGAUUUUGUGCCAUUUUGAAACUUUGUAUCCCAACCCUUGUUUUGAAGAGCAUCCUCCAAUGAAGAAGCUGAAAACUGAAGUGAUUCAAAAGUCUUUCCCUGAAAGGAAUGUUCUUCAGUUAUUAAAAGCAGUCGAGGAGGAGUCUCAUCUCACAGUAUCGACUGCAACGGAGUUGGUCAGGGGCAUUGCUACAAUACGAAUGGAUCUCUCUGCUGGCAGGAUACAUGACGCAUAUGUGCCACUUGUAUUUAAGGGAAUGAUAGGGUUAUUUCAUAAUCGAUUUUUUGAUAUAUGGGAACCAGUAUCUGAAUGCCUUGCGGUUCUUAUGAAGAAGCACACAGGAGCGGUGUGGAAUGAUUUUGUUCAAUAUUUGGGCCAGUGCCAACUAAAACUUGAAGUACUCGACAGUCAUAGCGAGAAUGAAAACUACAGCAUUUCACAGAAGCAUACUGGUCUGAUGGAGCGUUUCAAUUCGUUUGUCCUCCCGCCAUCUGAUAGCACGCCUACUGGGAAAGUAGUAUCUCUGUUGCUCAAGACCUUACAAAAAGUUCCCACUGUUGCACAGUCUCGAGCCUCUGAUCUUCUCCCUCUGUUAUUGAAAUUUUUGGGAUACAACAGCGAAAAUCCUUUGAGGGUCGGAUUAUAUAAUGGCGGAGCUUGUAGAGGAGAGGAGUGGAAGGGGUUGCUUAUACAAUGGUUGACUUUACUGAAGUUGAUGAAGAAUCCGAGGUCUUCUUGUUUUAGUCAGUUUGUAAACGAUGUUAUGCAGAACAGGUUCCUAGACCAUAAUGAUGCUGAAAUACAAAUGAGUGUCCUAGACUGCCUUGUGUUGUGGAAUGACUAUUUACUCCCACACCGCCAUCACUUGGAGAAUUUGAUCAAACCAAAAGAACUGAGAGAAGAGCUCGCGCGCGACCUGGAACUUCUCCAAGGACAUCGAAGAGGCUCACAGAUAUCAUUUUGUUUCUCUUGUAAUUAG